AUGACAGAACCGACAUCUAAACAACAGGGAUUUAAAAAGUGUCGGAGUGCCACUUUCAGCAUUGAUGGCUUCAGCUUUACUAUCGUUGCCAAUGAGGCGGGGGAAAGCAACCACCAUCCAAAGGCCAGCUUUGCACGCUCACAGUCCCAGAAUGCACUCUGUACCGCUGUCAGAGCCUGCACUGGCAUCACUGACCACAAAGGAAUUCUGAUUGACCCACGCAGCACAGCAGAAAUCCUGGCUGAUGAGCUGCCAGUCCCUGAUGAACCUGACGCCAUGGAGAAGACUGCAAUCAGGUUGCGAUGUCUUGUAAAGCAGCUGGAGAGGGGAGAGGCAUCUGUGGUGGACCUGAAGAAAAACCUGGAGUAUGCUGCCUCAGUCCUUGAAUCUCUAUACAUUGAGGAAACCAGACGGAUGGUGGAUCCAGAGGAUGAGCUGAGUGACAUCCAGUCAGACUCAGUACCAUCAGAGGUUCGUGACUGGCUGGCUUCUACAUUUACCCGGCAGAGGGGCCUAAUGCUCCGCCGCAACGAAGAUAAGCCACGUUUCCGCAGCAUUGUCCAUGCAGUGCAGGCUGGCAUCUUUGUAGAGAGGAUGUACAGACGAACUUCCAACAUGGCUGGUCUCAUUUAUCCCCCAAAUGUCAUCACUGUGCUCAAGCAUGCAGACAUGUGGUCCUUUGAUGUGUUUGCACUGAAUGAUGCUAGUGGAGACCAUGCUCUGAAAUUUGUCUUCUAUGAGCUGCUCACCAGAUACGACUUGAUCAACUGUUUCAAGAUCCCUAUUUCUGCUCUCAUAUCAUUUGUGGAGUCAUUGGAGGUGGGCUACAGCAAACACAAGAACCCAUACCACAACCUGAUGCAUGCUGCUGAUGUCACACAGACCAUCCAUUACCUGCUCCUCAAGACUGGCAUGGUGCACUGGCUAACUGAGUUGGAGAUCUUUGCCAUCAUUUUUGCAGCUGCCAUUCAUGACUAUGAACAUACAGGGACAACCAAUAACUUCCAUAUUCAGACCAGGUCAGAAACAGCAAUGUUGUACAAUGACCGAGCUGUUCUGGAGAACCACCAUGUCAGCGCUGCCUAUCGUCUUCUACAGGAUAAUGAUGACGCAAACAUCCUCUCUAAUCUCUCCAAAGAUGACUGGAGAGAACUACGGACUUUGGUAGUAGAGAUGGUGUUGGCCACUGACAUGUCCUGCCACUUCCAGCAGAUCAAAGCCAUGAAAAGCCACCUGCAGCAGCCUGAGACGAUUGACAAACCGAAGGCCUUAUCCCUGCUGCUGCACACUGCUGACAUCAGUCACCCUGCCAAGCAAUGGGACCUCCACCAUCGCUGGACCACAUCUCUGUUGGAGGAGUUCUUCAGACAGGGUGAUAAAGAAGCAGACAUGGGUCUACCUUUCUCCCCUCUCUGUGACCGCAAAUCCACCAUGGUGGCCCAAUCUCAGAUCGGAUUUAUUGACUUCAUCGUGGAGCCAACAUUCACUGUAUUGACAGAAAUGAUCGAGAGGAUUGUGACACCGCUCAUUGAAGAGGCUUCUCACUCUGGACUGGCUGGCUUUAGACACUCUAGUGUCAACAGUAUUUGUGGCAGUGAUGGAAAGCAUUCCAGUGUGAAGAGUACAGUCUCGGACAGCAGCUGCUGUUUGACCACAGUGGACUUCAAGAGCUUCAAGGUCACAUGGAACCAAGAGAUUUGUCACAACAAGGAGACAUGGAGGGCCCAAGCAGCAAAAGACCUGGAGGAAAAUGGCAAGAAGGAAGGAGAGGAGGGUGGCCAGGAAAACAAUAAGUCACAGCUGGAAAAAGAGUCCAAGAGAACUGAUGACACACCCAACACAGGAGAGAAAGAGAGGAAAACAGACAUGGAGGGACAGGAAGAGGUGGAGAACAGCAGGCAGCACGAGAAGCGCAAUCUUAAAGAAGAAGAAGGAGGGGCUGCAGGCUCCCUGCUGGGAUCAGGUCCAAAUCACACCGAAAAGAAGAAGUCUGAUGGCCACACAGGGACUCAGCAGUGGCAUUGUAAGAAUGACCCUCAGUCUGACCGCCCUCCUAUCCAGUACUACAAGAGACCCAGCUACUGUGCCAGGUCCUACCAGCUGGUCAGGUCAAAGGUCACUGAGAUGCGACCCAUUGAUGCCAGGGGAAAAGCCAGGAGACUGCAGCGCAUCUCCCUGCGUCGACGAAAGUGA